AUGCCACGGCCGAUCGAGCUUGAAAUGAUCAACAGUAUCCCACUGAACCCAAACAUCAAGAAACCAAGUUCGUUAGCAGAGGCGACUCAGCUCGUGGAGACCGGGCCAGGGGUUUACGAGAUUGAACUGAAGCCGGACUGGACGUAUGGUCCCCGAUCGCAUGGUGGCUAUCUCAUCUCUACAGUCGUCACAGCCGCAAGGCAGGAAUGCAUAAAGAAGCGACCUGAUCAGAGUGAUACAUCCUCGUGGACGACCCACUUCUUGAAACCUGGCGUUCCUGGCAAAGCAGAGAUCAGAACAACGAUUUUGAGCUCCAGUUCGGCAUCCACAAUCGUACGAGCCGAAUUAUGGCAGAACAGCAAGCGAUGUGUCGAAGCGACCGUUCAGCAGAUUAAGUCACAGGCACCUAGUUCGCAUGUGACUUUACCAGGGCCAGAAAUGAACGAGCUGCCAUUCCACAACCUCCAACGUCCAAUCACGGAAGAAAUGUUAAAAGCUGAAGGAUGGGAAUCAAGGCAAAUCGGAGAAUACAAUCCUUUCUUCAAAACGAAACCUAAGGCCAGAGCAUAUUUGCCGCCAGAAUCAGACCUACACAAUAGCAAGCAUGUACCGCAUCCAGCACUGGGACCAAGAUUUCGAGAUACGUGGUGGACGCUCGGGGAGUCGCUCGACGCAGGCAGUCUUCCUGUGAUUAUCGACUCAUUUUUACCACUGCAUCUCAACUUUCCACAAGGAGUAGAAUAUUUUAUUCUGACACAAAGUAUAUCGUGUCAAAUGGCAAAGAAGGAAUCAUCGAAGGACGACAUGUGGGUAUUCGGGCGCGCGGAGCUCAAGGAGUGUGAUGGGAGGAGAUAUAUUGAGGACGUAACGUUGUUCGACGAGUCGGGCCAGAUCAUUGCUUCGGCUCGACAGGUCAAUGUGCUUGUACCGAUCAAGAAUCUGAUCGGUGGACGCGAUACGCGUAAGAAGCAUGCGCAGAAGCUGUAA